CCUGGAUUUUUAAUUCUACUUUUCAGGAAUACACAACACUUGAAUGAAAAUAUCAGGAUGCUGACUGUGUUGCUACUGAUGGUGCUGCUGAUCCAAGCUGGGGGUGCUCAGGAGGUUGAUUCAGCUGUGUCAUUUACGUGUUCUGAUGGAUAUCGGUUGGACCGUUUGACUGGACAAUGUAAAGAUGUCAACGAGUGCCAAACCAUCCCAGAUGCCUGUAAAGGGGACAUGAGAUGUAUCAAUCACAAUGGUGGAUACUUGUGCUUGCCAAGGACUGCUGCACUUGUCCUGGCAAAUGGACCAUCCAACCCAACAUACCCUGCAUCUUCACCAACAGGGCGCUCUGAAACUUCCGUCUACCAACCAGCCUCAAUACCCAGAUAUCCUGUUCCUCCGAGAUCUCUGGUCUGUCGUUUUGGCUACACCCUAGAUGAUAAUAACAACUGUGUGGAUAUAGAUGAAUGUACAUCAGGGACCCACCAGUGUAAUCCUUCGCAGAUCUGUAUAAACACUGAGGGAGGCUACAGCUGCUCCUGCACUGAGGGCUAUUGGUUAGCAGAAGGACAGUGUAUGGACAUCGAUGAAUGUCGGCAUGGAUAUUGUCAGCAGCUGUGUGCUAACAUAGCUGGCUCCUACUCCUGCCAGUGUAAUGCUGGAUUUCUGCUGAACACCGACGGAAGGUCAUGUCAAGAUGUUGACGAAUGUGCUGGAGAGAAUCCUUGCAGCCAGCAUUGCAUCAACACAUAUGGUUCCUUCCUUUGUCGCUGUGAUACUGGAUAUGAAUUAAACUCAGAGGGAACAGGCUGUGAGGAUAUCAAUGAGUGCAGUUUCUCAGAUUUCCUCUGCCAGCACCGAUGUGUGAAUGAGCCAGGCGAUUACUUCUGUAUCUGUCCUGAGGGUUACACGAUGUACAAUGACAACAGAAGCUGCCAAGAUAUUAAUGAGUGUGAGGCCACUAAUCACACAUGUACAGAGCAGCAGAAUUGCUACAACAUUCCAGGAGGAUACAAAUGUCUGGAGCAAGUGAAGUGUCAGGACCCUUACAUACAGUUGAAUGAAAAUCGCUGUAUGUGUCAUGGAGAAAAUCCAGGCUGUACAGAACAGCCAUUCACCAUUCUGUACAAAUACAUGGACAUUGUGUCAGGAAGGAACGUGCCCUCAGACAUCUUCCAAAUGCAGGCCACAUCACGCUACCCAGGUGCCUACUACAUCUUCCAGAUCAAAUCUGGGAAUGAAGGCAGGGAGUUCUACAUGAGGCAAACUGGGCCCGUGAGUGCCACCUUGGUGAUGACCCGUCCAGUCAGCGGGCCGCGAGACAUUGUACUGGAUCUCGAAAUGAUCACUGUGAACACCGUCAUCAACUUCCGAGGGAGCUCGGUGAUCAGAUUGACGAUCUUUGUAUCCGAAUACAAAUUUUAAAGCCCUGAUUUUCUGGGGGCUGCUGGGGUUCAACAUUUGAUGGGUUAUUCUGCUAUGUUUGUUUUAAUGAGUGAAUGUUUCAUUGAUGUUGUUAAGGUGGAAGCGUGCUUUUGGUAAUGCAUUGCAAUUGUUUAGAUUCUUAAUUCUGUCUGCUUUUGUUUCUGGCUAGGUCAGAGAUAUUGUAUAACAGCCCAUAAAUAGAAACGUAAAGCCUUCAAGCUGCAGUAUAUUCAGUAAGGCAUUGUGAUGUUCUUAGUCCUUGUUUGGAACAGUCUAUUCAGGAAGAGUGACCAUGUAUGAAGAAUUAGAGGAACAUCAGGGGCAAUUUUUAAAAUAUAUUCCCUGCUUGGGAUCUGGGCAAGGCUACAUCUAUUGCCCAUCAUUUGGUGCCCUUUCCUUAACCUGUUACAAUCCUUAUGGUAAAGGUACAAUCCUAAGGUUAACAGGUAGGAAAUUCCAGGAUUUUGACCCAGCAGUAAUGAAAUUAUGGUGAUAUAUGUCCCAGAGCUGUGUGACUGGGAGGGGAAUUUAAAAGUGACGGUAAUCCCAUGACAUUGGUGUCCUUUUUUUCUUGGUAGUAGAUGCCACAAGGGCUGAGAUGCACCCAUAGGAAUUAAUUCAGGUCUUCAGAGUUACAGGAAGAGAAGAACAUUACUCAUAAUUUGUGAGAGUACUCUGUCAAUCACCACCAUCCCUGCCUCCCCCAUCCCCCAUCCCCCCCAACGCUCCCCCAACGCCCCCCAAAAGAUAUAAUGUACAAAAUACUGACUUCCGAGGCUGUUUUGGCAAACUAUAGCCUACACUAUGCAUGAAAGCAAUUGUAAUUCCCAAAACUGCACUGUAUAAUGUUUUAUUAAACUCUUGGGGUGCAUUAAUGCCAUUUUUUUCUUAACAAGAAAUGUUUUACCCAUUAAUAUGAAUGCUCAAACUG